AGCACAUUGAGGGAGUGUACAGUAUGUAAUAUGCACGGCAAGUCGAGCGUUGUGAAGAAUGAAGGGUUAGGGUUAAUUAGAGUUCCUCGGCCCCCCACCGCUGCAGUGAGUCCCACAUUAAAGAUUUACAAGGCGUUCGUCCGUCUGUCAUCCGAAAGUGACUGAUAACCACGGGAUCGAGACGCGGAACGGUACACCAACGUCUCUACUGAAGGCCUUUUCUUUUUUGCCACUACAGCAGCAUCCUCCGACCUACAAUUAGAGACAGCAGUCUGUUUACAACAAAUAUUGUGCCGGAUAGGUCAUCGACUCCCGCGUGAAGAUCUCAUCGCGGGGCAGCUCAAUCUUCACUCAACCCUUCAAGUACCUUAACUGAACUGAACAUCUCGACCUUUCCCUCCACCGAACUCAAUCAAGAUGCCCAUUCUCUUCUGCCCCUACUGCGCCAACCUGCUCAUCCUCUCGCGGAUGGACACGGGCGGCAACCGGCUGGAAUGCCGCACCUGCCCCUACCAACACGCCAUCGAGAUGCCCAUUUACUCGCGCAAGAACUUCCCACGCAAGGAGAAGGAGGACGUGUUUGGCGGACCAGGGGCGUGGGAUAACGCGCAAAAGGGAAGGGUGCAGUGUCCAACGGCGGACUGUAACGGCGACGAGGCGGCCUUCUUCCAGGUGCAGAUUCGCAGUGCGGAUGAGCCGAUGACUACGUUUUAUAAGUGUAUGACCUGUGGGCAUCGGUGGAGAGAAAAUUGAUGGAAAAUGGUGUUGGUUGUCGGCGGCUGGGUGGGGCAACGUCACAAGAGCAUUGCGCGGCGUUCUGGGU